AAUGGCCGAGUCGAGUUCCUCACAAGAAAAGCCUGCAGAACAGAGCAAAUUCGAUCAAGAUAACAUUCCCAAGCCUUCUAAAAUGUUGCUACUCAGAGCAGAGCGAGACAUUCUUAUCAACGAUAUGAUCAGAGAAAAAGCUAAGGAGGAGGUAAAAUACUGCUUCAACCAUUUCGCGGAAAUGUCGAAAUGUCAGCAAGAACACGGAAUUGUGUCUGGACUUUGGAAGUGUACUGAAGAAAAUAAGGGCUUCAAGAUGUGCAUGCAAUGGGCGUUUUAUGACGAAGAACUGCGAGACUCAUGUAAGAAUGAGUACGUUCAGCGGAAGAGGGAAGCAGUGCAGAAAAAUAAGGAGCAGGAACUUGAAAACCAAAUCAGAUUAAAGGUUAUCGACGAUUGGAUGACGAACCAAAAUAAGUAGGCUACCAGAAAAGCACUUCGUCGUGAAGUGGAAUGUAAAAAGCAACAAUUUCCGACGAUCUUUUCGAGAUGAAGCUACCUUCGACCCUCUUUGAUAGCAAUGCCAUAUAUAUAUGCUGUUGUGACCCAGGCGAAAUGGCUUAAAUAAGAUCUUGUUUGUGGACAAUUAAGUUAUUUGAAGUUUGAUAAAUAGUUUGUUAA